AUGGGAAGACUUAUCAAGAACCACUGGGCGAGGCUGAUCACCCUGACGGCUGCAGUUUAUCAAAUUGCUGCCGCACUGGAGGGAUUCUUCUGGCCCAAGAUAUUCUUCGACUUCCUCACGAAAACGCUGGAUCCUGCAGUGAAGCCUAUCCCGGUGCUACAAAUCAUCAACUUGAUCAUGGGAUUCGCAAUGUUGGCGUGGGAAUACCCACUAGGCUUCAUUGCUGGCACGUCCAUUCACCGCAGCCUCGAGGCUCGCCUUGCGGCCCUGCCGCUGUUCGCCCUGGCCGCCAUCCUUACAUACCAAGGCACCAACGCCGGGCUCUACUAUCUCAUCUCGAUGGUUGUGUAUUUCUGGGCAUAUAGUGAAGGCGAGAUGGUCUGCGCGAAGCCUUGGACUUUGCCUCAAAGAGGCAGUCGCGGAAAAGCAUAG